AUGGAGCCGACUCAAGGCUAUUAUGCUCCUUCUGGUGCAAAUCUGGCCGGUGGGCAAGUUCAGCGUUUUGACCGACGCCAGACUGGACGGGACGAUCUGUCCAUGCAGUCUGAUGCCGGUUACUACUCCUAUCACCCAGUCGAUCUCCCACUUGCUCCCACCUACGGUAUGAACAACCUGCAAGGAGGACCUCCCAUGGGGUUUCCUGGCCCAUUCAUGCCUCCCUUUGCUCCUGCCGUGGCUCCUUCGAUGGACAUGAUGCACGGUGGUAUCAUGACAGCUCCAAACCCGCUCUGGAUGCCGCCUGCGCCUGGGAAUUUCCUGAUGACGCCUGACAAUAUGUUCAAUCGGAAUGCGAUCUUUGGUCCUGUCAGUCCAGUACUGGCUUCUGAGCCUGCUGUUCCCUUUGACCCAAGUUCGGAGCCGCCAUUCAUAGAUCGGACCGAAUUUCAUCGACCAAGACCCCAUGGUGUUAUGAAGAUCAAGAAUAUCCCUUAUGCCCUCACCGUGUCGGAAGUUCAGCAGUUCAUAUGCAAGUACAUGCACAUCAGCGACCUGAUCAAACCACAUCAAGACGGGUUCCCCAUCCACAUCAUCAUGGAACGCUCUACUGGCAAGACGAUGGACUGCUAUAUCGAGACGGUUUCACCUGAGGUGGCCCUUGAGGCUUGGGAGCGUGGUUUCAGCUAUGGACCUUGCCGAUUUUCCAAACUUGGACAGAGACAUGUGGUUGUGGAGAUGAGCACUCAAGGGGAGUUGAUGAGAGAUCUCUUUCCUAGAGCUCGCAGUGUCGCGUGGGACAAUGAAGCGUUUGGGACUCCAAGAUUGAUCCAGACUGCCGAUGCCUACUCGUCAGGGUUUGCUGGUUUCUUCACCGCAGAGGAGAUGGCAGGCAUUGUGCGACAUGCAGAGAAUCCGCAGCGUUCUCCCUUCGCCUCGCGCAGCUUGCAGCGGACAUACGAAAGCACGAUCAGUACUCUGUACAAGUUUCCAUGGUCCAGCACCUCCAUGUACACAAUGAAACAGCGUGACAUCCUGUUCAAGACCUACGCCCGUCAGCUGGAAAUCCUCAUCUUCAAGGUUGAGCGGGAAACUGCCAGCGGCACAGACCGAGAAGUCGGGCUCGACAUCAAGCUCCUGAUGGACUUUUUGUUCGCCGGCAUGAACUGCCCCGGUUUCUCUGAGCGUCAGAAAGCCGCCAUCGCCGACGCUUCACACUCAGUGGGCCCCGGCUUCCGCACCAGUGUCCAUGCUCGCAACUGGGCCUUCCAGGCUCUGGGUGCCAAUCCAAGCACGCUGUCUGACCAAGACAUCGGCAUGUGGUUCGAGAUCUUGAACCUGGGCAUGGUGGCUAUGGAGCGCGAGAAUCGCGAGUUCAUCGGCAUUCAUCCGAAUCUGGAGGUCGUGCGGGACGACAAGGGCUAUGUGCUGUUCAAAUACACUGACCAAGGUGCCGAGCUUGCCCGUGAUGUCUAUGCUCGUCUGGAGAAGGACUUCAUGCGAGAGAUGAUGCACAAAGGCUGGGCGAGCUACAUGGAUCAGGCCGGCAUUUCGCCUCCACCUGAUUUCGAGGAGUACUACGCCCAGGCUCUGACGGAUGACAGAUAUGACAGUGCGGACGAGAAGGCAAAGAUGGUUGACAAGCAUGUCGACAUAGCUCAAGUGAAGGCUGAAGCAACCAACAAGCAACUCGCUUCCUUCCUCGAACUGCUGAAGGUCACCCACGGCGAAGACUACGUUAGGGAGAUGGGUAGCCAGGAUGCCAAUCUCAAUCUCACCGGCCAAGACAGAGGCGGAUUCAAGAGCAACCCGGCCGCGCAGCACUCGCAUCGGCAGAGUUUGUCGUUGAUGUCGGAGCCUGGUGACAAGAAGCCCAGCCUCAAUUCACCUCUGGAGACGGAAGCCAAGCAGAGUUGGAACCAGCAGCAGCGCCACGCCAGCGACUCGGCCUUGGAGACCGCAAUGUCUGCCUUGGACAUGAACACCAGUCCGCCACGCAUCAGCACUGCUCGCAAGGACAGUCCCGUUCGCCAGGGCAUGUCGAAGGCGCCGGCCACCGAAGGGUCAGGACUGACUUUGUUCAAAGUGCCUCGUCGUGAACGUCAAGCCGUCAGCAUCCGUGCUCCAGACGGCACGCCGGUCACAUUUGCUCGUCCAAGUGAGGCUGGCAAUGCUGCUGAACGCGACCUGAACACUCCACAUGUCUCAUCCUCGACGACUCCAGCAACAGGCAGUCCUCCGACCAGCACCCCCGCCACCCCUCGUCAACCGGGCUUUGGCAACGUCAAUUUCAACCACGCCAACAUGAACCCCGGUGUCGUUGGUAAUAUGCCCAUGAACCCCGUCGUCAUGCCCCAGGUUGGUCGACCCAGUCCUGGCCACACUCGAAACUACGGCAUGAGUUCGGCCUUCAAUUUCGUUGCUUCAUCCCCGGUCGCUGGGCGUGCCGGUCAUGGAACGCGCAUGGUUGCAGACUCGGGCUCUCCUCUCGCACGUGGCACCGGAGGUGGUUCUGGAAGUGCUCUUGGUCCUGGCAUCAACCUCAAUGGUGACCCUUUCCGUGCUGGACCACGUGGACGAGCUCCUCGUUCAACAUUCACCCCCGGCGCAGCGAUCAACGAAGAGGAGUUUGAGGAGCCAGACGCCAGAUCCGGCCGUCGCGACUGA